AAUGAAAAAUGAUUCUAGAUUUCUUCUCCAUCCAAGUUCGAAGAAUCUGAGCUCGUCAAAUUCUCGUAGAAAGUGCUUUCACCAGCCUUUCUCACUCAUGUCGUGCUCACUUCAGAAAAUGAGGACAAAUUAAAAAGAAUCAUCUCUCCUUAUGACGCCCAUUCUCUCUCAUUUUCGUGCCAGUUGAUCAGCAUCCUCCAGAGGGAUCGGAGGUCUCACUUUAAGAUACAAUGAGCCAUGGGAAAAUCUAUUCUAAUGAAGUGAUCCAAACAGAAGAUGACCAGUUUGACGAUGAUCCGGAUAUGCCGCGAACCCAAGCCAAAAUGGGAAAGAAGGCUCCAAACUUCAAGGCCAAUACCACUGAGGGUAUGAUAGAUCUCUAUGAGUGGCUUGGCGACUCUUGGGGAGUAUUAUUUUCCCAUCCGGCCCCUUUCACACCCAUUUGUACCACAGAAAUGGGUAGUAUUGCAAAACACUACGAGGCUUUUAAGAAGCGAAAUGUCAAACUCUUAGGGAUCUCCUGUGAAGAUGUGAACCUACUUCAUGAUUGGGCCGGAGACAUCAAGGCCUAUUAUGGUUUGGAACAUUUUCCAGUCACCCUUCUGGCUGAUGAAUCGCGGGCAGUUGCUUAUCUGUAUGGACUAAUCGAACCCACCUAUCGAGAUAACUUUUCCGGUAUUCCUUACCCUUGUCGUGGUUUGUUCAUCAUCGACCCUAAGAAAAUCAUUCGGAUGAUGUCAUUUCAUCCUUGGUCCAUUGGCCGUUGUACCAAGGAGAUCAUACGCUCCGUGGACAGUCUUCAACUCACGGACUCUUUUGACAACAAGGUCUGCACUCCCGCGGAUUGGGAGAUGGGCAAGAGUGCCAUGGUUGAUACAAGUGUAACUCCCAAUGACAUUAAUACUAUGUUCCAAAGUGGCGUGAUCACGUGGUUCUUGCCCUCGGGUAAACCUUAUAUGCGCACCAUUGGGGAUCCAAAGAAACCGGAACCACGAGUGGGAGAAGCGGCAACGAAUUUGAAUCUCAUCAAACUCGCCUAUGGUUCUGACUCAGAUUAAUUAUGUGUUGCCUAGCAAUCGGCAUUGGUCGUUAUGAAAGUGCAAUAAAUAUGUAGAUUCUGUGAACGGUACCAA